AUGGAGGUUAGGGAAACUUCUCAACCUAUGAGAGAUAGAAUUUUGAUGGAACUUGCAGAUAAAUAUCGUUUGAUUCAUCGGUUGAGUGAAAGGAAGCUGGAUCUAGCUAGGAGAAGUGAACGCUUGAUGAGUGCUGUUCUUGAAAAGGUUGCGGACUCGUCAUAUUUGUGUAAAAUAGAGUUGGAAGUGGACAACCCAGGAUGUACCGAAGCUAUAGAGAGAAACUUCUGUCGCAUGCUUGGGCUGAAGCCGACUUCGUCUCACUUAACUUCUUGUAAUGUAGAAUUUGAACCCGUGGAAGAUACAAAGUCAUUGACGCUUGGCCAGGAACAUGGCGUCAAUGGAGAGCUAACUUCCGCAUUUGAUCUCAAAGAUCCUGGAGUGUCAAAUAUAAACGGUAGGUUCAUUCAUGUUCGAAGAGGGUUGGGGGCAUUUUUCUCUCCAGUUAUUAUGGCAAGACGAGUUCUGUUCGUAGCCAUAUCCCGACCUUUUUUUUCGUGUGACUUUACGUCCCGUAGAAGAGGCCUGUAA